AUGUUCAAGACUCUACCGUUGCGAGUUUUGCCAAUUUGUCACGCGCUCAAACGGUUUGCUCGUUUCCAAUCCACCUCAAAGUCUAUUACCGUUGAUGCCAAAUCAUAUCCUUCAGAUGAAUGGACCAACAUUCCACCAUUUAUACUCGACUUGAUCACACGAAAGCUUCAUAAAAACCACAACCACCCCAUUGGUAUUCUUCAUGAUCUUAUUAAAUCUGAAAUGUCCGGGAUGGGUUACACAAUCUAUGAUGAUUUCCAUCCUAUAGUGACAAAGUACCAAAACUUUGAUAGUUUGGGGUUCCCCGAAGAUCAUGUUGGUAGGUCUAAAUCCGAUACUUACUACUUCAACAAGAAUCAUUUGCUACGCACGCAUACAUCGGCUCAUGAACAAGAAUGUUUUAUUAACUCCAAGACGCCUGGGUAUUUAAUCACCGCUGAUGUGUAUAGGCGGGAUGAGGUUGAUAGGACACAUUACCCUGCAUUCCAUCAAAUGGAAGGUGCGAGAAUAUGGCCGCGUGGUGAUUUGGAGCAGAUCAGAAAAGACAUUGAAGCUAUUCCCAAGACUAAUAUCAUUGUUGAAGAUCCAUUUAGAGAUCAACCAGUUACAGAAAACAACCCAGCGCAGGAACAUAUGACAUUAGAGGAGAUCAAAUUGGUAUCUACGCACUUGAAGAAAACUGUUGAGUAUGUUGUCAACCAAGUGUUUGAAAAAGCCAGAGAGUCUGCCAAAUUGGCUGGGUCAACUGAGCAGUAUUUAACCGAGCCAUUAAGAGUAAGGUGGGUUGAGGCGUAUUUCCCAUGGACAGGGCCUUCAUGGGAGAUUGAAGUUUGGUGGAAAGGUGAUUGGUUAGAAUGCUGUGGAUGUGGAGUUGUUCAACAACAGGUUUUGCUCAAUUCAAACUUGGGCGAUGAUAAGCUUAGUUGGGCUUUUGGUAUUGGCUUGGAUCGUAUUGCCAUGCUUUUGUUUGGUAUUCCUGAUAUCCGAUUGUUUUGGACACAAGAUGAAAGAUUUCAUAAACAGUUCCAGCAGGGAAGAAUCAAUACGUUUGUUCCAUAUUCAAAGUACCCAGGUGUUAAGAGAGAUGUAUCAUUCUGGCUUAACAAUGAUGUAAAGUUGCACUGCAAUGAUUUGAUGGAAAUAGUGAGAACGCAUGCAGGGGACACUGCUGAGAGUGUAGUGUUAGUCGAUGAGUUUACCCAUCCAAAGACAGGUAAGCAAUCCCAGUGCUACAGAAUUAAUUAUCAAAGCAUGGAUCGUAAUUUGACCAAUGCUGAGAUCAAUGAAGUUCACAAAAAGGUUGAAAAGGACUUGGUGGAAAACUUUAAGAUUGAGAUUAGAUGA